AUGCUUUCCUGGAAAUGGGUUUGUGCUCGUGGAUUAUCGCGUCAUUGACUAUUUCGGAUCCCUUAAAAGCGACGAAGGAUAGUGGCCUGUAGGCUUACAAAUCCUUGGGUUGCGUGACAAGAUGGCGGCUGUUGAGGAGGAUACAGCCCAAAAGCAACGUUAUUCGCCUGAGGAGGUGUUGAAGCAACUGAGCGAUAUACCUGAAGACAAGAGAACGUUCUCGGCUACGAAAUUCCUUCAGGCCCUAACUUGCCAGCGCGAGACUAUCGUGGCGAUGAAUGCAUUGGGGCAGAAUCCGGAUAACGUGAGCCUGCAACAACUGAACCAGGUCAUCCUGCUGUUCUUGAAGAACGUAUACAAUUUGGUUUCCGGCCUUCCUGGAGCCCUCAUGUUCGACGCGCUUGAAGACCUCGUAGCCCGCAGGGGCGUCAUGGCGCCAUUCAUCAACGGCAUGGACAAGGCUGACGAGACGGUGGUUCUGGAGCUCGGUCUUCCCUCCAAAGAGGCCCUAUGCGACAGCUACGACGAGCUCAUUCGCAUAGCAGGUGCCGCGGUGGUUUGCUUCUACCACUACACCAACUAUCCAGCCCACCCCGCCUACUUCCCCUCCGACGAUGCCACACUGCUCUUCACCUCACUCGCUCUUCGGAGCUGUCAGGAUGGUGGGGCCGCGGAGGCGCUGGGGAAGCAGCUGGCGGAGGCGGGGGGCGGGGUUAUGAGUCUUGGGGAGAUCCGCUGGCUGAUGCAUUACGUGAGGGCGCAGCUCUCCGGGCUGGGAGGUGCGGUGUUCCUGAGCAUUGGUGAUCGGGAGAGUUACAAGCAGCAGCUAGUGGCGCAACAGGCGGAUUUCCUGGGCCUUAUCAAGGCUGUUCCUGAAAACCCGGCGGGCUACAGCUACUAUGUUCGUACUUGUCUGCAGUUUCAGCAGAUGAGUGCGGCUGGGCUGUUCGCCGCCAAGGGCUCCAUCGUGGCCGCCAAGCACCGAGCGACCUUCUACGUGGCGCAGCUGGCGGCGCAGCGCGCCAUUGCGCUGGCGUUCGGUGGUGGUGGUGGUGGUGCAGCCGCCGGGGCGGGGGGUGCAGGGGAGGUAUCGGCGGCGGCAAAGGCGGCGGUAGCAAAGGCGGCAGCGGCGGCUGCUGCCGCUGACGGUGGCUACGCCGCUGCUGCUGCCGCGCCGGCGGCGGCGGCGGCUGCUGCCCUCGUCCGCGUCCGCGAGCUGCGAGCUCUGAUGGCGGAGGCGCGUGAAGGCCUGGAUACGGAGCUUUCUCAGCUGCCGGAGGUAUACAGCGAGUUGAUUGCGUUGGAUCCUGUGGAUUCCAAGCUUUUGGACGAGCAGCUGGGCCCUAUGGUGCAGGGCGAGGUGCCGGACGAGGGGGAGGUUCUGGCCCUAGUCGACCAGCUCUACCCCACACGGCCGCCAGCUGCACUGCCUCGGGGUGCUGUGGCGAUUGCCAAGCCGUGAAGGGGCUGCUGCUCCUCCCUCUGUGUGUGUUCGUCUGUGUGUGCAUCUGUGAUGUGCUUUCCGAUUCUUCUGGUGAUUUGCGGUAGUCAUAGUGUGUGCUGCUGAUGCUGCGUGCCGUACUGAGUUGCUGACGGCUGUGGUUCUAUUCGUGUUGUGCUGUGCUGUGAUUGUGUCGCUGGGGUUGACGUCAAUGCGGGCAUGGUUACGUGUGGUGUACGAGUUUCUGAAGAGAAUGUUCGAUCAGGAAACACAUCACGUAGGAAUGACGCGUGAGGGAAAGACAGGGGGGGGCCGGGCAGGGGCACGGCGAUGGAUGAUGCCAAAGCUCCAACGCGC